GAUCAAACGUUGCGCGAGAUUAGCAAUGAAACCACGCAGCUCCUGCCAUCGUUUGGCGCAGGCAUUCGUGAUUGUGUGGCUGUUGCAGGCCUCCACACUGCUGCUAUCCUUCGUGCAGGGUCAGCAUUAUGGACCGUCCGACAGCUCGAAGGAAGCGAGCGGUCUAAAGCAGGACGAGGACCAUUACAACACCUCCAGCGAGAUGUACAUGGAAGAGUCGGAUGAGCUGGCGCCUCGCAUCAUACAGUACCCGUGUCGGGCGUGCCAGUACCGCAACGUGUACGCGAUGGCUUCGCUGAAAUCGAUCAAAGCGCACGUCUUGAUGAAGCUCGGCAUUGACUUUAUGCCGAACAGAACCUACCCGAAGGUACCGGCACACAUUUUGAGCAGCUUCGAUCAGCAACAGCAGCAGCACGGUUACCAGCAUCAUGCCACGGCAAACGUAGCCCGAGACCCAGACUACAUGGAGGACGAUCCGGGCGUUGGUGCUGAUGAGGAGGUGGAAGAGGACUACGACUACUAUCCGAUCACGAACAAGAUUUACAUUCUAGCGAAACGUGAGUAGUGUACCGAGCAGUGAACACUUGGAUUAAUGGCCAUUUUCUGUCUUUCUCUCUCACUC